ACAAUGUAUAAUUCGAUACAUUUAUGACAGGUAGGCCUAUUUAUAUUGAUCACAAACAGUUAAGAAAAUAUAAUAUAGAAACGGAUUAAAACAACAUCAGCUAAACCAAAACAAAUUGUUCUCUAAACUCUUAUUGUGUUAUUAAUAAUUAGGUUAUUGUGUGUCUCUCAAAUUCUUCUAAUUGUAUACAUUUAACCCGAAAAUUUCACACAAUAGGUGAAAUACACAAUUUAGCCAAUACAUCUAUCCUUUUACGCGCUUUUGAAAGGCUGUAACCUCAACACCGAAUAUUAGGCUAUAUAACACUACAAUAGGACCCUGCGUCCUAUAAUGUGCCACACAAAAUGACCCAAAAAACUCUCUAAAUAUAAAUAUAAAGCUUAUGGUGCAUGAGUCACUGAAUGAUAUACAAACAUUAAAAGAACCAUUUACGAUAUGAUCACGUUACAUAUUGCAUUCUAAAAGAUGAUACAAUGUUGCCAUCCCUCGUCAGUUCAGUCCCACAUACCCCCAUCGCAUCCGUGACCGCAUUUUUCUCGGCUUGCAUAAUGUAUCGCGUGACUAGGUUAGUAACGUGAGGGACCUGACAGAAGAGAAGGCGGCGUUGAUGACGGUAGGAGGAGAUUCUGCGCCGUCGUCUUCCGCGUUUUCCCGGAUUUCAACCACUGUCCUGGUUCUAUCGUGUCUAUCCCUGCACGUUUCUAAGCUCAGCCCACCCUCCCACUUAACUUAGUUGUAAAGAAGAAGAAAAAAUCAAUUACACAGGCAACGCCGCCCGCCCCCUCCGCCUUCACCUCAUUCUCUUCCCCCUUUGCAAAUAUCCACUACCGCCUUCCUUCUCCACAUGCAGCAUCGGAGUCCAGGGCCCCGGCGUACCGGCUCCAGCCAUGUCGGCGAGGAAUACAGCGGCUGGUGGCGGUGACGGAGCGACGUGGGAAAAGACGGGAGAUGCAUUAGAGGAAGAACCUCUGGGUCUCUCUGUCUCUUUGUCUGGUUCGAUGACCCCCACCUCAGCCGCUGGCAUGGCCUCUGGCAUGGAGCUGCCCAGAAAGAGGAAAGGCAGCAUGGACACCCAGGAGACAAAAUCUGCAUCGAAUCUAGAUGAGGAUAUGGAGGACGAUCAGGGCAGAUCGGAAGGAGAUGACCAGCAACUAAAAAUUAAAUGUAUCAGGGAACCUCACAGUCAAAUAGAGAAACGACGACGAGAUAAGAUGAAUAACCUGAUCGACGAGUUGGCAGCGAUGAUUCCCACCUGUAACCCCAUGUCCCGCAAGCUUGACAAACUCACUGUGUUACGAAUGGCUGUCCAGCAUCUCAAAUCGCUCAAAGGUGCGUCCAGCUCCUUUGCAGAAGCCAAUUACAAACCUGCGUUCCUUCCUGAUGAUGAGCUGAAACACCUUGUUCUGAGGGCUGCAGAUGGAUUUCUCUUUGUGGUUGGCUGUGACCGUGGAAAAAUCGUCUUCGUCUCGGAGUCAGUUUCGAAAAUCCUCAACUACAGUCGGACGGAGUUGAUCGGGCAGAGCCUUUUUGAUUACGUUCACCCCAAGGAUAUUGGGAAAGUAAAGGAACAGCUUUCCGCAUCUGAGCUCUACCCGCGAGAGCGCCUCAUAGACGCCAAAACGGGGUUGCAGGUGCAGGCUGAGCUUCCUGUCAGUGUUGCUCGGCUCUGCUCCGGGGCGCGGCGUUCCUUCUUCUGUCGAAUGAAGUACAACAAAGUGACCGUCAAAGAAGAGAAGGGUUUUCAGGCUGCUGGCUCAAAAAAGAAAGAGUCGCAGCGGUACUGUACUGUUCACUGCACGGGCUACAUGCGCACCUGGCCCACGCGCCAGCUAGGCACAGAGGGAGAGGGAGAGGGGGACAAAGACAGCUCCUACUUUAGCUGCCUGGUUGCGGUUGGCCGUGUUCACCCCCACACCCUCCCUCAGGCCAAUGGUGAGAUCAAGGUCAAGCCAACCGAAUUUGUCACCCGCUAUGCCAUGGAUGGCAAAUUCACCUUUGUGGAUCAACGAGCCACCACCAUUCUGGGUUAUUUGCCCCAGGAGCUGCUAGGCACAUCAUGCUAUGAAUAUUUCCAUCAGGACGACCUGCCACAUUUGGCAGAUAGACACAGAAAAGUGCUGAGGAGUAAAGAGAAGAUCGAGACAAAUUGCUAUAAGUUUAAAACGAAACAUGGCUCUUUUGUCACCUUACAAAGUCAGUGGUUUAGUUUUAUAAAUCCCUGGACCAAAGAAGUAGAAUACAUAGUGUCAACCAAUACGGUUAUAUCCGAUAAAAGUAAUCCAGAUGGAUCAGGGGAUAAAGCCGAGCAGCCUAGCAGUUCGAAGGCGUCAGAAGAUGAUGUCAAAAAGUCCCAGCAAGUACCAAUCAUCCCGGGUAUAUCCAAUGCAUCAGGCACAAUGAUUUAUGCUGGCUCCAUAGGGACCCAAAUCGCCAAUGAGAUAAUGGACUACAAUAGGAUGAACUCCUCACCAUCCAGCGGCAACACAAGUCCGUUCAGUUUACCACAGGACAAGUCUCCACUUGCACAGACCAGCAGCAAUUGCUCCUCAUGCUUUAAGGUGCCAAAUGGGGAAGCAACAGACAUGGAGAUACCUGGAAAGUCGAGCUCGGAGGAGGAUGCACGGGGUGGUGAAAAUCUCAUGGAAGCAAGCCCUCAGUUGGAUCUGGAGGGGGUCCCGGGGUUGAGCGCUCUCAGCACUGAUGAGGCAGCCAUGGCCGUCAUUAUGAGCUUACUUGAGACUGAUGCCAACCUGGGUGAGGCUGUGGACUUUGAUGAGAUGCACUGGUCUCUGUGAACACAGCUCCAGCUAUUCUUCAUCUUAUCUGGAGAUUUCGAACCAUUCAUUAACUUUCACCGGGCAGCUGGCCUUUGACAGUCCUAUUGCUUUUAUGUUUUUAAAUUAUUAGUUUUUUUAAUCACGUGGCAGAUCAUCUGAUGGCUAACCCUUGGAACUCAAGAGUUUGUAAGAUGGACUCUUUGGGUCUCUCGGAGCUGAAUACCUUAAGCAACAAGACCAGGUUUUAUUUGGUCUGGCAUGCAGUUUCUUCAUCUCAGCUCUGAGGUCACUUCUGCCCUCCUUGGCACGUAUUGAUGAGAGACAUACUUGGCCUGGCUCGACGUGUCGAGAAAAACAUGCCUCUGCCAAGCCGUAAGGCAAAAACGAUCCAUUGGUAUCUGGAUUUCAAAACAAUUUCCUUAGCCACUCAACACUUGAACUGUGUACUGAUGCUUUAAAGCAAAGAUGGAUUCAUUUUUGUUUUUGAAAGAAAGAAAAUGGGACUCCUUUGGCAGGGGAAGCCUGGUAGUUAUUCAACCUUUUUAAACAGAAAGCAUCCUGUUUUAAAAUGAACAACAAUGUGGGGUUUUAUUGCGGAGCACUUGUGGUCAAACAGAAGUACUUGAAAGACUUUAGAAACAUGAAAAUUGAGGAUCACCUUUAGGCCUGACCAUUUAUUUUCCUCCGUCUACAAACCUGUGUGUGAAUAUGUGCAUUUCCCUUAGACUGCCCUGCUGCUCUUCAAACAGUGUGAUAGUCGUGUCGAUCUGCUGUUGUGAAGGAAUGUUUGGAUGAGAGGAGAUGGGCUCACAGAAGCGGAAGUUUGUCUACAAAUAAGGGCAGGGUUUCUCAGGGAACUAUACUGCGUGGAAAUAAAACCUUGAAAUCCUUUAUUAAAAAUAAGCCAAGAACCAAUUGUUUGAGCUCUGAUAAUGUUAAGAUGGUGUUAAUUUCAUCACCAUAAAUUAUUUUGUAGUGAGUUUUGUCUGAACUCUGCAUCUGGGGAAUUCACCAUCCCAUUUCAUGGAUGGGAAUAACUAAUUUGGGGAAUUGCUAAACUGAACUUGAAAUGCUAACAUAAGCACUUUUUGUUUGGAUAAAGCAGUAGAGUGACGAGGAGAUACGAUUCAAUAUAUUUUUCAAACCGUAGACUAAUACAAAUUUUGAGGAGUCACUGAGGCAUCCUGCGCAAAGAAUAAUUUAUCGAAUCUAAAAUGGGGAGAUCUGUCAUUUAGUCACCCUCUUGUUGUUCUAAGCUAAUGACUUUUACACUGACAUUUUUUUGUGUUCCUCGGAAGAGCAUUGCUCAUUUCCAUAUAGCAAAGGAGUGUAAUGAGAAGGAGCUAAGCCAAGUACUCUGUACAACUUGUGCAUUAUUCAAGAUGUUAGUCCGAAUCCCUCCCUUAUAGCUUUCAAGUUUUAGGAAACUUUGGGUUUAUCUAUGGUAUCUUUAUUGAUCUUUGUUGUCCUUUAUGGAGCUUAAUAGCUUGUAUGGAAAGUAAAAUAUAUAACAUUGGUGUUCCACUGAGGGACGAAUUUUCACUUGAAAUAUUUCUUGUACUGACCACAGAAGACCUUAUAACGUGUUUUCAGGAUUUUAUAUUCACAAUGUGUGAUUUUUUUUUUUACCUGGUUAGAAAAAUACUUUAAAAAACAAUACGCCUUGGCAAAUGAGCAACAUAAUCUUGUUGUAAUUGUCUCAAGAGCGAUUCAUAUUCACAAUGUCCUUUUUACUAAUAAUAAUUCCAAGACUUCAGCAUUGGAGGAUGACUGAGAAUUAAAAAAUCUAAAACACCAUCAUCUAAUUUGCCCAGGAAACUCACUGAAUUCCCAUUGCAGCAAUGCUUCAUCAGAACUUUUUCUUUUAAAAGAUGAGCGUUAUUGAACUGAUUUACUGUGAUUGUGCAGACGUGCCACAUAGGGGUGCAAUGGCCUUGCACAACGAAAGGUGUGAUUCUUACCAAUAUACCAAAGUAAUUUGACCACGGAGAUAUUUUGAGCACCCUUAACUCUCAGCUGCCCUGUGCUGUCAGAAGUUGUGUAAUUAUGUGGCAAUGAUGUGAGCUGCUUUUAAAAAGGUCUUCAUGUCAUCUUGUGUGUUGUCACAUGCUUCCGAGAGCUUACUUGAAGAAACCAACCCGCUCCAGCCGACUGCAUAAAACGCAGCAAGAUGACACUUUACCUUUACUUUAUCUCCAUCUUUCGUUUCUUUUCCUAUCCCAGACGCCUUUGCAAACAAAUGCAUUAUUCACAUAUAAGGGGUUCACGUGUAAGGGCUUGUCACACAGCAGGCUAUUCGGAAUUCUGAAAAGCUUCCCUGGGAACCUUUGAUUGGGCGGUUAUGGCCUUAAAGGGACAGUUCACCCACAAAUAAAAUUCUCUCAUCAAUAACGCGCCCCAAAUCUGUAUAAAUUUCUUUGUUGUGAUGAACAGAGAAAGAUAUUUGGAAGAACGCUUUUAAUCAAACACUUCUUGGCCAACAUUGACUACCAUAGUAGGACAAAUUACAAUGGUGGUCAAAAGGGCCCCAGAACUGUUUGCAUUUCUACAUUCUUCAAAAUAUGUUUAAAAGAACAAAGAUAUUUAUGGCAGUCAAUGGUGGCAAAGAACUGUUUGGUUACAAGCAUUCUCCAAAUAUCCUUCUCCGUAUUCCUCAGUACAAAGAAAUGUAUACAGAUUUGUAACAACUUGAGGGAGAGUUAAUGAUGACAGAAUUGUUUGGGGGAACUGUUCUUUUAAGCACAGGAACAACGGCUCUAACCAAAACUCCUAAUAAAGACGCUAAAAGACGCUAAAAGGGUUUUUCACAGUGAUAAGUGAUUUCUUGGUUCCCCAAAGAUCCUUUUAAAUCAAAGCUAUAUAUUAUGUCGUUUUUGUAGUCUGAUGAUGGACCUUUUCUUUUUUAGAGUGAACUGUUCAAGCUGUGCCAUAUCUGCAGGCAGGUCCCAUAAAGGUUUUGUUUUCCCAUUUGAAUCUGCAUUUCAUGCAUCUCUCCAUAAUGUUUUGGUUUUGAAUGUGACUGUUCAGUUUGGAGUGUCAUUCUUUAUUUGCACUUGGCAGACAUCAAGUACUGUACUGUAGGUUAGAACCACAGACCUUGUCUUCUAGCAUUCUUGUCCUCAUUUCAGUCUGAAUUUGUGCAGCCUAAGCAAUUUCUUGAUUGUUAUAUUGUUCCAGUAAUAUUCAUGCAUGCCUUUUUGUGAACCCUUUGCUUUCUCUUUGUCACUUUGUUUGUUACCUAAGGGUAUCGGAUAAAGGUAUUUGCCUUAUAAGACAGACAAAGACUUGUUCGUUUGUUCCAUUUUGUUUACGUCUGUCUUGAGUGUGUGAUGAGAGAAUCUAAAGACUGUUCAUCCACUGGGUUUAGUCAGUUCACGGUUUAUCGUGGAAUAUCAUGUUGGGUUAAGCCAGAGAUCUGCAUGACCCCCUUUGUUUUAUGCUUGUGUCCUCCCUCCGUUUGUUAUCGAGCAUUUGUAUGACGCCAUUGCUGCUGCUGUCUACAAGUCCGGUUUGUUGCAGAUAAUGUGUCUCUACAGACCGACAUGUAAAACGAAUCUUAAAUAAAAAACAACAUUA